AUGCGAACCCCGCGACUUCGACGUGAGCAUGUGGGCGUGAGCAAGCAUGUUUGUUGCUUGAGAAGAACUGGAGGAAGAUGAAACUUCAGUUGUGAUUUUUCCUUGAACCGUUGGACACACACGAGAUAAAGUCCUUUAAGCUAUAGGAAGGAGUCUCUUGGAAAUCCCAGAGGGAGAGCUCCUGCUUCUCUGGCUUGUUUGAAGGUUCCCUAACUGAGCGCCAUGCUCUUUCCCACCUGCGGGCUUUCACGUCAAGCACUUCAUCUUCUCUGUGCCUUGAAGUCUGCAAGAAAGGACAGUCUUCUACCUUUAUAUGCAGUAAGAUGGACUUCUGGUUCCCCAGCUCCUCGUAUCACCACCCAUUAUACCAUUCAUCCCCGGGACAAAGACAAACGGUGGGAAGGGAUAAGCAUGGAAAGAUUUGCAGAAGAAGCUGAUGUUGUUAUAGUUGGGGCAGGUCCUGCAGGGCUUUCUGCAGCUAUUCGACUCAAGCAGCUAGCUAGCGAGCGUGGCAAAGAAAUCCGUGUUUGCCUGGUGGAGAAGGCUGCUCAGAUAGGUGCACAUAUCCUCUCUGGAGCUUGUCUUGAGCCUCGUGCAUUGGAAGAACUUUUUCCAGAUUGGAAAGAACGAGGAGCUCCGCUACAUACUCCUGUAACAGAAGACAAAUUUGGAAUCUUAACAAAGAACUAUAGAAUCCCAGUUCCCAUUCUUCCAGGCCUUCCCAUGGUUAAUCAUGGAAAUUAUAUAGCUCGUCUAGGACAUUUUGUGAGCUGGUUGGGUGAACAAGCAGAAGCACUUGGUGUUGAAGUCUAUCCAGGCUAUGCUGCAGCUGAGGUUCUUUUCAAUGAUGAUGGAAGUGUGAAAGGGAUUGCCACAAAUGACGUUGGCAUCCAAAAAGAUGGAGCGCCUAAGGGUACCUUUGAAAGAGGUUUAGAGUUGCAUGCCAAAAUUACAAUGUUUGCAGAAGGUUGUCAUGGUCAUCUUGCAAAACAAUUGUACAACAAGUAUAAUCUAAGGGAGAAUUGUCAACCACAAACUUACGGCAUUGGGCUUAAGGAGCUAUGGCUUAUUGAUGAAAAUAAAUGGAAACCAGGAAGAGUGGAGCACACUGUUGGCUGGCCUUUGGACAGACAUACAUAUGGAGGAUCAUUUCUUUAUCAUCUAAAUGAGGGUGAACCAUUAGUAGCUGUUGGGUUUGUAGUUGGUUUAGAUUAUCAGAACCCUUUUUUGAGCCCAUUUAAGGAAUUUCAGAGAUGGAAGCAUCACCCUAGUGUUCAGCCUACCUUCGAAGGAGGAAAAAGGAUUGCUUAUGGUGCCCGAGCUCUUAAUGAAGGGGGUUAUCAGUCCAUACCCAAACUUUCCUUUCCUGGUGGAGUUCUUAUUGGAUGCAGUCCAGGUUUCAUGAAUGUUCCCAAGAUUAAAGGUACACACACUGCUAUGAAAAGUGGUAUGCUAGCUUCAGAAGCCAUUUUCAACCAACUAAUCAAUGAAAAUCUCCAAUCAAAAACAAUAGGUCUUCAUGUGCCUGAAUAUGAAGAAAAUCUGAAAAAAUCAUGGGUGUGGAAAGAGCUUUAUGGAGUCAGGAAUAUUCGCCCCUCCUGUCAUGGACUUUUGGGUGUAUAUGGAGGAAUGAUUUAUACUGGUAUAUUCUAUUGGUUACUAAGAGGAUUUGAACCUUGGACCUUAAAGCACCCAGGAACAGAUGCAAAGCAGCUAAAGCCAGCCAAAGAUUGUGCACCUAUUGAAUAUCCAAAACCUGAUGGAAAAAUCAGUUUUGAUUUGCUUUCAUCAGUAGCUUUGAGUGGUACAAAUCAUGAACAUAACCAACCUCCUCAUUUAACUCUGAAAGAUGAUAGUAUUCCUGUCAGCCAUAACCUAGCUAUAUAUGAUGGACCUGAGCAGCGAUUCUGCCCUGCAGGAGUCUAUGAGUAUGUUCCUGUGGAAACUGGAGAAGGAUUGCGAUUACAGAUAAAUGCUCAGAACUGUGUCCACUGUAAGACAUGUGACAUUAAAGACCCCAGCCAAAAUAUUAAUUGGGUUGUACCAGAAGGUGGAGGAGGACCAGCUUAUAAUGGAAUGUAGUUUUCAUCAAAAAAAAUUUUUAAAUCUAUCGGCAUUGCUAGAUUUGAUCAGGAUUUGCUACUGUAAAAUGUUGUGUCUAAAGGGCCCAUUCUCUAUGAAAAGCAGAGUAAUCUACAGGCCAUGUGUCCUCAGAUCAUGCUACCAAAGCAACAAAAUGAUUCUCAGAUGCAUGAUCGUUAAUGUUUCAGUCAAAUAUCUGAAAAAAUUCUGUUUUGACUUUCUAUAAAUCAGAAUCCCCCCCCAAAAAAUGGAUGCAAAAAUAUCAGCACUAUUUAACCUGUGGUGUUUUAUCAUCAAUGGACAAAUCUUGGUCAGAGUAUUUUAAAGCAUUGCAUAGUAACCAGGCUGAAUAAAACUGCACACACCAGCUUUGAAGUUAGUAUUCUACUGCAGCCUGAACUUGGUGGUGCCUUAAACAGUAAAUAGAAAAGCUUUAUUUGAAUGUAGUUUUACUAUUCAGAGAAUGCCUGGUAAGACUAGUCUGAUUUUAUCCUAAUUGUUCUCUACUGUGGUACUAAUAAUGGAUGUAAUCCAGAAUACAGGAUAUUUGUAACUAUUGUAUCUUUCUCUUGAUAGCCCAGUUUCAGAGAUAUUGAUCUUUAAAGACUACUCUGGAGAAUAUUUCAGUAUUUACAAGAAACAGAAUAGAACAACACUACCUCUGGUAUAAAUUCAUUUUGUUAUAUUAAAAUGAAAUUAAGUAUUCUCUACAUGAGAGUUAGAAAUUCUGUUUAUUUCUUCAACUUCUGUAACAAAUUUCACUCUGUAGUAAUGAAGGUUACUAGGGGAGUGAGGGUGGAAGAAAAACAAUCUACAGAAUGUAAAGUAGUAUGUUACUGAACUUGUAUAAGCUCCUUGCAGCAUCAUUCUGAUGUUUUAUUUUGUAGUUUCUUACAGUUUAAGCUGAAAUACAACCACAAGUGCUUUUCUGUUGAGCUUAACAAGGGUUUGAAAGUGUAUUUUUUAAAAAAAUCCAAAAUGUAAACUUACAAAACAGUAUGACAGAUGAAACACAUGACAGACGUAAACAUGCUGUCACAAUGACUCACACUAAUCCUGCCUCUUUAUCACCGUAAAUGGAGAAGAAAACCGUGUUCAUGCAAACAUCUUUGCAUAUGCUGCCCUCUCUUUUUCCUUCUCAUUUUUUAUCUUCUGCUUGACUUUCUGUACCUCCAUUUGGAUGGCUGUGGAAAUAAAAAAAAAAGCAUUUAAAGUCAUACAUUCAAUGUCAUUGUGAAUGUGUAUAUGCAACACAUAUACUGUUAUGUAUUUUUCGUAAGUAAUAUUAUAAGAAUGCAAAUAUUCAGAAAGUUGUGUUACCUCAGCCUACAUCUAGGGAAAAUAUCUCCAUAAAUCAUGGUUUACUAACCAAAGAUAGAUUUCCACACUAUGCUAAUUCAAAACCAUGCAAGAUGCAUUACAAUUUAGCAUGAAGUGUGAAUCCAGUCACAGUUUAUUUAUAAACAGUUCAAAAUGCCACAGAACAGGAGCUGGGAAUGGCAAAUAUAACCCUGGAUAGUCUAGCAUAUGUAUUCCAUAACUCUCCCUGACCUCCUGCACCAAAUGAAUAUUGUAAUGCUGGCUUAAAUAUCCUAGAAAAUUUUAGUUAUCAACAGCAAUAGGUCAAUUCAUUAGUGAAGAUAAUUUGGUACUGUUACCUUUAUCCUGAGGUGCUAUGUCUUUAGCCUUCUGAAGCUCAACCUGAAAAGUUAAAUAUGUAAUUGAGCAAAAUGUAAAUGUAUGCUUGCUGCAAUAUUAAUGCUAAAAAUGGUUACGCUUACCAAUGCCUUAUCAUAAUCUUUCAUUCCUUCCCAAGCUUGGGCCUUUCUGUAAAGUGCUUUAGUAUUUGUAGGAUCUAUGUCCAGAGCCUGUAAAAUUAAAACAUUAGUUAUAAUACGUUGCACCAAUAAAACCCAUUUCUAGCUAUUAAGGCUUGAUUUAGAUGUACACAGAUUCAGUCAGGAUUUAGGAAACCUGGUGUUCUCCAGAAGUUCUGUAGUCUUGUCAAUUAAAAUAUGACUAAUGGAAAAUGAAGUCCAAAACAUCUUCCAUCUGUACAGUAAAACCCCAAUUUUCUGACUCCUGUUAAGCAAACUUGGAUGUAACUGACCAAAUAAUAGACAAAAUCCACUGUUUCCAAAGCAGCAAUUUACAUCAUUGGUGUAAUUACAUAAUUGAUGUAAUUCUAUCAUUUGUGUCAACUUACAUAAAUUACAUAAUUAUAAAAAUGUCAGUUGCAUACAUUGAAUUUAUGACAUUUGGAUUUAACAGGUACCCUUUCCCACAAAUAAUCAAUUUGGGGUUUAACUGUAUUGAGCAUAUACUGUAAAUUUAAUGGAUCCUGGUUUAGCAGACUUCAGGUGCAACAGAUAAAAUCUGUACACUGUACAGUAUGCUUCUGUGCAGAUUUAAAAUCUUGUUUGCUACUUUGUGCAUGCAAAGUCCCAUUCCCAUAUUAUACACAUGUAAACUUCCAUCUGGAUUUAAUAAAUAUUCUGCUUUAACAGGCAA